AUUCUUUGCUUUCAAUCCAUCAAGAGACAAAAUGGAUCAAACUAAGCGUCUCAUCAUUCUUACGACCCUCGUCAACUAUGUUUUCGCGAUUCCAAUCGAACCGGAGCUAACUCCGGCUCCCACACCAUAUCCAACCCACCCGAUGGACGACCCCGACUGGGAACCUCCACAAGGUCCCCAUCAGGAACUCGACAAGCAAUUCUGGAUCAAUUCCGGCCAACAGCUGGUCGCCGAUCAGCUCUCCAAAAACCACCCGAACCUCAAUCUGGCUAAAAACGUGAUCAUCUUCAUAGCGGAUGGAAUGUCCAUUACUACGCAGUCGGCCACUCGAGUCUACAUGGGCGGAGAACAGCUGGCGAUGUCCUUCGAGGAGUUUCCUCAUACUGGGUUGGCGAAGACCUAUUGCAUCAACUACCAGGUGUCGGAUUCGAGUUGCACCGCUUCGGCUAUCCUGACCGGAGUGAAGAACAACUACGGCACGAUAGCUGUGAGUGGACACGUUCCGUUGAUGAACUGCGAGCGGAGUUUGGUGGAGGAGAACCGGUUGACGUCGAUAUUGAAGUAUGCUCAAAUGAGCGGUCGUUCAACGGGAAUUGUGACCAAUACGAGGAUUACGCACGCUACUCCAGCGGUGGCCUAUGCGGUUUCUGGGGCACGGUACUGGGAAGACGACGAGGAAAUCCCGACGGAGUGUGUGGACAUUGCCAGACAGCUGGUUUAUGGAGAUGUUGGACGGAACUUGACCGUUGCUUUGGGGGGAGGUUCACGACAUUUCUUCCCAUCGGGAGUGCCGAUUGAAGAGCAUGGAGCAGUGGGGAGGAGACGUGACGGACGGUACUUGGUGAGUGAAUGGUUGCAGCUGGCGGAUUUGCAAGCGGAACGAGCCACUUACGUCAGUGAUAGACGAGGGCUUUUGAAUACUAACGUCAGUGGAAUUGAUCGAUUGCUUGGGCUGUUUUCCGGCAAUCAUAUGAGCUAUCGAUUGGAGAAUGCCGUGAAUGAACCAACGCUGGAGGAGAUGACCGCCAAAGCACUGGAGCUGCUGUCCAAAAAUGACAAAGGAUACGUGCUGCUUGUAGAAGGUGGCCGAAUCGACCACGCCCAUCACGACAACCUGGCUCGCCUGGCCUUGGAUGAAACGGUUGAGUUCCACAGGGCUGUUCAACACGCAGCUCGUCACACAAGCGAAGACGACACGCUGAUCGUCGUGACGGCAGACCAUUCCCACACCCUGACCAUGGGAGGCUACCCGGUGCGGGGAAACAGCAUUCUUGCGACCGGUGAUUUUUCCCGAUUGGACCGAAUGCCGUUCUUCACCCUUACCUAUGCAAAUGGACCGAGCUAUUUCGACCACUUCCCACAGACAUCGACCGGACGGGAAAAUCCUCUAUUUAUGGACUCGCACAACCCGGCUUUCACUUUCCCAGCGGCGGUUCCCUACGAAGACGAAACGCAUGGCGGAGAUGACGUGGCCGUUUUUGCUCGAGGUCCGUACUCCCACCUCUUUAGUGGCCUUUACGAGCAACAUCUGAUAGCACAUCUCAUCUGGUACGCUUCUUGUUUGGGACCGGAAGGCAGCCAUCAGCCGGAAGACUGCUCGCGAGGAAUGGGAGGGGCUGCUACCGCAAUUGAAAUUCCUCGUUUUGCUUGGAUGACUGGCCUUCUGCCGGCGGUGGUAAUUGCCCUUUCCAAUCAACUGACAAUUUAAUAGAGUUAAUAAAAAUUCUUUUCCGAACGAA